AAUGUAAUUAGAAGUUCCAUUAACUUUUGAAUUCAAUUGUUUUAAAAAGGGACAAAAGGGGACAAAGUAAUACAAAGGAAUAUUAAAUAAUAACAAACUUGAACUUUAUAAAGUAUUACGUUAAUUUAAUAAAUUUAAGGAGAACACUAAGGCCCCAAAAUAUGUUUUACCUAUUUAAUUAUAAACACAUGUUAAAUGGGAGGUUGAAGAAGAAAUUGUUAAUGGGAAGAAGCAUUACAAAAUUGUCUCAUUUAAAUUUUAAUAAGUAUUUUGUGAUGACUAACUUUUAAGAUUAAAUAGAUAAGAGAAUCUUAAAUUGCUAAGGUCACUUGUUUUUGUGGAGAUGAUGUUACUCUUACUAAAUUAAAAGAACAUCUUAGAAAUAAAAUAAUCUUUCAAAGAAUUUAAGAUUUUUACACACCCCUCCAAACUUUAGGUAAAGGAGCUUCAUCUAGAGUAUUAUUGGUUAGACACAAGAAUUCAGAACUCUAUUAUGCUGCUAAAUGUGUUGAUAAGUCAUAUGUAAAUGAAACAGAAAAUGGAAUUGUAAUUAGCUUUAACUUAAUAUUAAGGAAUCAAUGUUUCAAGAGAUUUCUAUAAAUAAUGAUUUAGAUCAUCCAUCAUUUAUUAAAUUACAUGCAGUUUAUGAAGGUGACAAUACAUUUUAUAUGGUAAUGGAUUUGUUGGAAGGAAAGAGUUUGCAUGAUGAGUUAAAUAGCCAUAAAAAUGGAUUUCCUGAAGAAAUAGUGCGUAAUGUGAUGUGGGUAUAACAUUUAUUUAAAAUUUAAUAUUUAGUAAAUUCUGACAGGAAUAGAAUAUAUGCAUAAGAAAAAUAUAAUGCAUCGUGAUCUUAAACCAGAGAACAUUAUGUUACAAAAAAAAUCAGAUUUGAAUUCUUUAAAAAUAGUAGAUUUUGGAUUGGCAACCUACUGUAAUAUUGACAAGUAAUUAUUAAUUAUUUAAUUUAAGGUAUUUAUUUCCUAAAUGUGGUACUCCUGGUUAUGUAGCACCUGAAAUAGCAAAUUUAAUUGAUAAAUAAGAAAAAUAUGAUAAAGUAUGUGAUGUCUUCAGUGCUGGAGUUAUAUUCUUUAAAUUGUAUUUUUUAUUAUAUUAUAAGUUAAUAGAUUGACUGGUAAAGAUCUCUUUCCAGGAGUUGGAUUUAAUUUAGUAUUAAAAUUAAAUAAAUAAUGUAAAAUUGAUUUGACUCCAUUAUAAAUGAAGAAAGUAGAUCCUAAUAUCAUUAAUUUAAUAUAAAGAAUGCUUGAAAAAGACCCUACAAAAAGAAUAUCAGCAAGUGCAUGCUUAUUAGAUCCAUUCUUUGAAAAAAGUCAUAUACAAAAUUAAGAACUAAAACUAUAAUAGACUUCAUCUCAAAAAAAAUAAUUUUUCUCUUCUGGAGGAAAGAAUUUUCAAACUUAAGAAUUUCAAAGUGAUUCACCUUCAUUAUAAAAUACAAAAUAAAUAGAAAAAGGUUCUUUUGUCACCUAAGAUUGUGCAUUCAAAGGAUUCAAAGAACCUUAACAUGGCAAAGUAAUGUAAAAAUUCAAUACUACUGAAUUUGAUCAUGUUGAUCUUAAUGUCAAUGGAAGUCCUAUUGAAAAAAAAAAUAGUAAAUUUGCAAAAACAGAUUAAAUAGAGGAGGAAGAUGAAAAAUGA